AUGCUAGAACUCUACGACAACGUCUUCCGUAUAUUCAACUUCUGUUUCUUCGUCAUCACUGCAGGUAUGAUCGGGAACCUGCUUAACACCGAACAUGGCCACCAUUCGUCGCGUGUCAACUACUGUAUGUUUCCUCCUGCUUGGGGGCUAGUCUCGGAUUCCUUCUACGGGAUCCUGGCCAACUUGGUUCCAGAACCUUUUGCGUUCCCUCCAAUUCUUUUCGCCUUUGACUUCUUAAAUUUCGUCUUUACUUUUACCGCCGGUACUGUCUUGGCCGUGGGUAUCCGUACACAUUCCUGUACCAAUAAAGAAUAUAGACGUGAAAACUACAUCAUCCAAGGGUCUGAAAGAAGAUGUCGUGAAGCCCAAGCUUGUAUUGCCUUUUUCUACUUUUCCAUGUUUUUGUUCUUGGUCAAGGUGCUGAUCACUUUGGUCACGUACUUUACUGGCGGUGAAUUGGGUCAAACUGGUUACGGUGGCGGCUACGGUGGCCGUAGUUUCGGCCGCAGACCACGUACUCGUGCCCCACCACAAAUGAACAAGGGUGGUAUUUCCAUCUCCCAGGUUUAA